AUGUGGAAUAUACCUCUGUGGAUAUUUGCCCAAGUUUUGCUUGGUACUUCAAUCAAAGCACAGCAUGUGGAUCCAGAGGUGGGUUUAACAGCUCAAGAACAAGUUCUUCUGCUGUACGACAUCAAACUACAGUGCCUUCAAAACAUCUCUGAACACAACCCUACUGAUGAGGUCUGUUCUCCUGGAUGGGAUGGACUGGUUUGCUGGCCUCAAGGUUCUCCAGGAACCGUCACCAAAGUGCCAUGUCCCAGUUACGUCUACGACUUCAACCACAAUGGGUUUGCAUACCGUCAGUGUGACAUGAAUGGAUCAUGGGUCUCAAUGGAGAACAGAACUUGGGUCAACUAUUCAGACUGCCUACGCUUCCUGGCUCCAGGAAUUGGAAAGGGCAAAAGAGACUUCUUUGAGCGGCUGCACAUCAUGUACACGGUCGGCUACGCGGUGUCCUUCAGUUCGCUGCUAGUCGCCAUUUUCAUCAUUGGAUAUUUCCGGCGUCUUCACUGCACCAGAAACUACAUUCACAUGCACCUAUUUGUGUCGUUCAUGCUGCGUGCGGUCAGCAUCUUUGUUAAAGACAGAGUUGUGUACGCUAAUGGGGUGCUACAGGAAUACGACACCAUGCUAAUGGACAACAUUAGCACUGUGUCAGUCUCUACUCUUGACAAGACUCAGUAUGUUGGCUGUAAGAUCACCGUCCUAUUCUUCAUCUAUUUCCUCGCCACCAACUACUACUGGAUUCUAGUGGAGGGUCUUUACCUUCACAGUCUUAUUUUUAUGGCCUUCUUUUCGGACUCCAAAUAUCUCUGGGGUUUCACCCUCAUAGGGUGGGGUGUGCCAGCUCUCUUCGUGUCAACCUGGGCUGUCGUCAGGGCAACGUUCGCAGACGUGAGGUGUUGGGAGUUGAGCGCUGGUAAUAUAAAAUGGAUUUACCAAGUUCCCAUCUUGACAGCAAUUGGGCUCAAUUUUAUUCUAUUUGUAAAUAUCGUACGAGUUCUGGCCACCAAGAUCCGAGAAACAAACGCAGGACGGUACGACACACGUAAACAGUACAGGAAGCUGGCUAAAUCCACAUUGGUUCUGGUUCUGGUGUUUGGAGUGCACUAUAUCGUGUUUGUGGGAAUGCCGCACACAUUCAAUGGUCUGGGUUGGGAACUCCGCAUGUACUUUGAGCUUUUCUUUAAUUCGUUCCAGGGAUUCUUUGUGUCCAUUAUCUACUGUUUCUGCAAUGGAGAGGUCCAGACUGAAAUCCGUAAAAUCUGGCUCCGUUGGACGCUUGCAUUUGACUGGAAGGGUCCGGUGGUUUUGGCGAACUAUCGCUACGGGUCGGUUCUGAACAAUAGCGGUGUCAGCGUCCAAUCCCAGUUGACCUCUGUGAACCGUAGCGCCGCCCUCCUCACCAGCAGAGUGUACCGUUGCACCGGGCGUCCCAGCGUCACCUCGUUCACACACAGCACGCACAUACACACCACCCUGCCCGGGUACGUCUUCAGUAACUCUGACAUAGAGAGUCGACCGCCUUCUAUUCCCGAAGAAAUUGAAGAAGACACCAAACACAUAGAAGACAUCACUCUCAAAGAGAAUGCUAAAGGAAAUGACAUCACCAUAAAACAGGAAGCCCUCAGUAUCUGUCUCGAAGAAAGCAGACAACGGCCAAACGAUGAUGACAUCAUUAAGAGGGAUGAUGAUGUCACCCCUCAAGAGAAUGCUAAAUGCACUGAUGAAAUCACUUUAAAGGGUUCUUUAAUGGUGAAGUACCACAAUUUGGACCAGGAGGAUGAGCAAGUGCUCUAA